GUGAUUUCUAUACGUUGUCUGCCCGUAGUUUUCUCAAUUCCACACAAACACACACACCAACACCAGCAGCAGAAAGAAGAAAAGAGAAGAGAGGAGAGAAAUGGCCACUUCUAGCGUUGCGGCAGCGGCAGCCACGAAGCCGCCCACCCUCGCCCAGAAGAAGCAACCGAAAGAGGCGCAAGACGGCCGGCCGGCCAUCCACACCUCCCUCUACGAGGAGUACGAGCGCCUUAGCAAAGAUAUCAAAAACAUCCAGCUGAAGACGAUGAUCUGUAAGACGGAGACGCACCAGCUCAUGAAGGAGGAGAGCGCCGCGAAGCAGGAGGUGAAGCGCAUUCAAGCCGUGCCGCUCGUGCUUGGCAACUUCGUCGAGGCCGUCGACAGCGUGCGCGGCAUCGUGAGCGGCACCAGCGGCUCGCAGUACUUCGUACGCAUCCUGUCCACUCUCAACAAGGAGCACCUGAAGCCCAACGUCAGCGUCGGGCUGCACAAGAGCAGCAACGCCUGCGUGCAGCUGCUACCAAGCGAGACGGACGCCACCAUCACCCUCCUCAACUCCAGCGACCGACCGGACGUGACGUACUCCGAUGUCGGCGGUCUUGACAUGCAGAAGCAGGAGAUCCGCGAGGCGGUGGAGCUGCCGCUGACCCACGCCGGCCUGUACGAGCAAAUCGGCAUCGACCCCCCACGCGGCGUGCUCCUUUACGGCCCGCCCGGCACCGGCAAGACGAUGCUCGUGAAGGCCGUCGCCCAGCACACGAAGGCGUCCUUCAUCCGCGUCGUGGGCAGCGAGUUCGUGCAGAAGUUCCUCGGCGAGGGCCCACGCAAGGUGCGCGACGUCUUCCGCCUCGCCCGCGAGAAUGCGCCGUCGAUCAUCUUCAUUGACGAGGUCGACUCCAUCGCCACGAAGCGCUUCGAUGCGCAGACGGGGGCGGACAGGGAGGUGCAGCGGGUGCUGGUGGAGCUGCUCACGCAGAUGGACGGCUUCGACCAGACGACAAACGUGAAGGUGAUCAUGGCAACGAAUCGGUGGGACACGCUGGACCCCGCCCUGCUGCGGCCCGGCCGUCUGGACCGCAAGAUUGAGUUCCCCUACCCCGAUCGGCGGCAGAAGCGGCUUGUAUUUCAAGUGUGCACGUCGAAGAUGAACCUGUCGCCGGAGGUGGACUUGGAGGACUACGUGACGCGGCCCGAGAAGCUCAGCGGUGCGGACAUCCAGUCCAUCUGCCAGGAGGCGGGCAUGCUGGCGGUGCGGAAGAACCGGUACGUGAUCCUGCCGCGUGAUAUUGAGAACGCCUACCGCACCGUCAUCAAGAAGACGGGUGAUGAGACGUACGACUUCUACUCCUAA